AAAGAGAAGAAUUUGGCAGACUGCGCUUCCAUGGGAGGGUCAAGGGUGGAGUACUAUUAAAGCUCUCACCUACCUGCUCGAUCUGCAGACAAUUCUUGGAGUACUUCUCUUUCUACUUUCUAGUCCACGAGAAGAACCUGCACCAGCACCAGAAGCAUCGGCCUCGGCUCAGAAAAUGGCCGUUCAGAGCAGCAGGUUUGUUGCACGCCCAAUGGAGGUUCCGGCGAUCGAAGCUCAUCGCUUCCCGGCGGCGAUCACAUUCAAUUUGAACAGCAGAGCCACCGGUACCGAGAAUCUGUUUAAAUUAAACAUCAAAACAACCGCUAGUGUUGGUGGUAGAAGAGCAACUUUGGUUGGAGUGUUUGCACUGGGUGACCGUAACAACAGCAGCUCCGGCGGCGAUGUUAAUAGUAAUACCAAGGGUAAGGGGGGAUCAGCAGUUCCUAGCUCGAAUUAUAUGGUGCCAUUGGACAAUUCCUCCUCAUGCAUCACUCGUCCACUAGCUGAGAUUCUCCGAGACCUCAAUAAGCGGAUCGCUGAUAACAUUAUCGUGAAACAAUCUGAUAAUACUAAUUCCGCCUUCAUCCCUUGGUACCAUGCGAACAGGAUGUUAAGCUUCUAUGCUCCAGGUUGGUGUGGAGAAAUACGUGAUGUAAUUUUCUCAGAUACUGGAAGUGUCACUGUGGUUUAUCGUGUCACAGUCCGUGGUUCUGAUGGAGAGGCACACCGUGAAUCAACUGGAACGGUGUCCUCAGCCACAAAUGAUGAGAACAUUGAUCCUGUUGCUGCAGCGGAAGAAAUAGCCUUUUGCAGAGCAUGUGCUCGAUUUGGACUCGGGUUAUAUUUGUAUCAUGAAGAUUAGAUGCUUGCCAAUGCCAUACAGGAUGUUGUUAUGGAGAAUAAUAUUUGAUAAAAGUUUUAUCUUGUGGGACUUGGGAGUAGUAUGUAAAACAUAUAUGCAGUUUAUCCCUAAGAGAUGUAAUAAAUGUUUGCUUAACUCCCCUUUUUUGAUA